CCAGAAAAUAAGUCUGAGAUUUCCAGUACAGAUUCUACUAUAAAUAAUCUUCAGAUGCCUCCAAAAAUCGUCAGUUGAUAAUUGAGCUUCUAGAGUCCCACGAACAUAUCAAAACUAACAAAAUGAAACUCUUCAUCGUUCUCUGUGCAGUCAUUGCCAUGGCUUCCGCCUUUAACAAGGAACAGUUCCUGAAGAACCGCGAGGAGUGCUUGAAGUCAGAAAAGGUCCCAGAAGCAGUAAUUGAGAAGUUGAAAAAUAGGCAAUAUGGUGAAGACUUGGGCCACGAAGCUAAAUGCUACAUUCGCUGUCUUGCCCUUAAAUCUGGAACCUGGGAUGAUGCCAAGGGAUAUGAUCUCGAAAAAUCCUACGAAGAUCUUCAGAGCGCUGGAUUGGAAGUUAGCAAGGAAAACUUGAAGAAAUGCAUCAGCUCAAAUCCUGAUAACGAUGAUAAAUGCACAUGGGCUGCCAAGGACCUGAAGUGCUUGUGGACAAAUAAAUACAUCUCGAAGAAGCAAUAAAUUAACUGGACAGAUUUUACUAUUAUGGAAA